AUGAGAUGGGGUCAUAAAGCUAACCCGGAUAGGUGGUUCAUAAACUUACAACCUCAAUUCCAAGAAGUUGUAGACGCAAUGGAAGUCAAUGGUGAACCAGAUAUAGCUGGUAUUUUAAGCGCGGCUUUAAUGCCAUUGAAAGAUAUGAAACAUGCAGAUAUUUUGGACCAGUAUGAAAUGAACAUGGCUGAUGGAAAUAUAACACCUGACGUUCUAGAACAUUUAUCUCAAAGAACUACACAGAACCAUAGAGAUGGUAUAUUUGGUGAAGAGUUUAGAAAGAAAGUUAUGGACAGAGAAGGAAGAGAACCUAUUGUACAUGACCUUGCAAACGAAAGUUUACAAAAUGUCAUAAAAACUUACUUUGCAGACAAUGAACCGAGAAGGGAUGAAUAUUUAAGAAAACUCAAAUGGACAGUACCAAAUGAAAUGUUAGUAUUGAAAAACAUGUUCCUUGACAAAAUAAAACCAACUACAGAAAUAAACGACGCAAGACUGAAACAUUGGGUAAAAGCUUUUCCAUUCACAAAAGAUAUAGUUGGUAACAUGGAAAGAAAACCAGAAUGGCUACAAAAACAUAUAUUUGGAAACGAGCAUAUUCCAUAUGGACAGGCACUGUUUGAAGAGCUUGAACCGGAAACUCAGGAAAGAGUCAUGCAAACAAUACGCGAAGACUCAAAUACAAACUAUGACAAAAUCUUUCUAGGAUAUAGGUUACCUGAGAUGGGCGACCAGAGCCAAAAGGCAAAAAGGACAUGGGAAAUUUGCAACAUACUAGAUGAACAUAAUGCAAAGAUGCAACAACUUCAAGCAGAGGGCAAUGAAGGAAAAAGAAGAGUUAAAAACUCAGUCAGGAAGAAAGUAAAGCUUGGUCGGAGUGGGUUCUAUUAUGACAUAUAA